AUGUCCACCAAAAAGUCAAUGCGGUCUAUCAUGGCCAGAAUAACAGGCCAGCACCGCCCUCGCCUCACAAUACGACCGGACUACGAUUACGUCUUCGUCAGCGGAAACGGUGAAGAUGCAAAAGGCCAAUAUCUUCGUGGAAAGCUAUCGCUCUUCAUCCCAGAAGGACAAAACAUCACCAGCGUUCAGCUGAAGCUGACUAGUCGAAUGUGGCUUGGAGAUCACAAGGUUGUUGCCGAAGAGUCAGUAAAAUGGCAACGGCGCGAAAGCACUGUUCAUCAGUGGAAGUCAUUCAAUGUCGUCGAUAAAAUGGGAGAGCCUUUUAAGAAUGGCAAGAACUUCGAAUGGCCGUUUGAGUUGUUCAUUCGAGGUGAUCAGGAGGAGUCGUUCAAGGGCUGUACGCGAUGCAGUAUUAUGUACCUACUGGAGGCCUGGACGGUUGGUGAGAAUUCAUCGGACAGCUUCAAGACCUUUUCGCCGCUUCGAAUUAUUCGCACGCCGGGAUUCUCAUCAUACGAGCUCAUGGAUCCGACGACUGUGCAGGGGAAAUGGUCGGGGAAGGCGGAGUACAACGUUUCCAUUCGACAUCGAGCGAUUGCCCUGGGAGGACUGAUAUCCAUCGAAGCACACCUUGCGCCGCUGAGACCGACUGCCAAGAUCACAAAAGCGAGGUUUUUCUUGCGAGAAAAGCACGACGUGGAGAACGAGUCUGAUGUAGGGAGUCCGGGGUAUGAGGGACAGCGGAUAGUGACGGAGUGGCCCCUGGAGUUGAGCGACGAGCCUCAACAGCGAUGGCAGCAAUGCUUACACCUCCCAAUCGCAGUGAGGAAUUGUUCGCCUGACUUCUCAGUUUGCGGAGUUUCCAUCACGCACUCGCUGCAUUUUGAGGUUACGUUUGUCAAUAAUGGUGUCACGACGGAGGAGGACAUCUCGAUGCCUAUACAUCUCUUCAUCUCGCCGGAGCUGCCCGUGAAUGGCUGGGGUGUUUUCGUGAGGGAUCAUGUUAUUGCUGCAAAGGAGGUCAAGAGCCUUCUGGCAGAGGGCAUCAGCGUUCCGCCGAAAUACUGCAAGGGGGACUUUGUGGUGGAGGAUUAUGAGGUUCCUCCUCCAGCAUAUAGUGAAACAUGA